CUCACAUGCAGGGUAAAGGGAUUACUCCUGUCUAAGCAGACUUGGUUGAAUCACAUCUUCCAGGGGAUUAUGCAACACUCUACUAGGAUGGUCACAUGACCACAAGGCUCACCUGUGUAGACUGACCAUCUGCCUUUCUUCAUUUCAUACCAUCUUCACACAUGCAAACUAUAACAGUCAUCUUGCCACCUAAAAAAAUUACUUUGGUAUAAUUUCCUGAUGAACGAUGAAUCCAUACCUCCCACGACUACGGGCCUGUGGAAGACUUGUGCAAGUGUUAGACAGGUGCAACUGCAAAUCAUACUCCCAGUGUGUGGGUGAAAAAAGUAAGCUGGGAUUGCAUCUCUGUUGACACCUCCACAGAUUCAGCGUGAAGCAGGGAGCGCGAGCGACACAGACAGAAUGGAUAGAAAGAGGACAGAGGGAGCGAGAGAGUGAGGCAGAGAGUGAGAGAGAAGAGUGAAAGAGACAGAAGAUAUAUUUUGACUGUGUGGGUGUGUGAAGUAUCAAGGCAUGCAUCAUAAUUGUGGAUUCUUCUUGGAGCAGCUGGACAAGUCAGUGCAUCAGCAGGAGAUUUACUGGGCUUUCAAAUUGUGUUAUUUGGUACUUUAAAACAGUGGAAGCUGUGAGCACAGACAGCGACAUUUUGAGAGACAAAAUGGAAACCGACUUGUUUCUGCUGCCUCGAGGAUUUCAUUAACUGGAAAUACAGAAUUGCUUCAACUAACUGAAGUGAUGCCAAAAAUGAUUUAUGGAAAAUUAUGAUCCCUCUGCACUGUCCAUUAUAGGAAAUCAAGUGAAGACUUUAUCUGAGAUGGCUGUCAGCCAUAUUAUCAUCUGCCUCCUGCCACUGAUUUGCUAUGGAUCAUCCCACCCUUCUCCUCCUCCUCCUCCUCGGGGAUGCAGUGUGGACGUGGAUCCUCCCUACAGGGUGCUCUGUGACCUGGAGUCAGUCUGGGGUGUUGUUUUGGAGGCUGUGGCCUGCAGUGGCGGUCUCACCUCAGUGGUCCUCGCUGUGCUCCUGCUAGUCAAGAUGCACUCCAUUGCUGACCCCGCCAAGCGCUCCAGCCUGGGGCCUCUACUACUUCUUCUGGGCACGCUACUUGGGCUUUUUACCAUCUCUCUGGCUUUCCUGGUGGGGAAGAACCAGGCGCUCUGUGUGGUUCGCAGGGCCUUCUGGGGACCCCUUUUUGCCCUCUGCUUUUCCAGCUUACUAGUGCAGGGUGUGAGGCUCAGGAGGCUGGUAGCUGGAAAGACAAGCCCGUCUGGCAGCACCCUUGCAGCACUUGGUCUGGCCUUGGCCUUGGUUCAGGGGAUAAUCUCUGCUGAAUGGGUCCUGCUGACUGUAGUUAGGGAGGGUCACCCAGCCUGUGAAUAUCCACCUUUAGACUUUGCCCUGACAUGCAGCUACACUUUGGGGCUUCUUCUCAUAGCCAUGGGUCUCUCUCUUGGGGUGGUGCUGUGUGGAGGAGAGUUGUCAGUAGAUGGAGGAGGUGGCAAUGAAGACGACAGAGAAGGAGAUAGUGAAAAACGGAAAUGGAAGUGUAACGCCAUCUGGCUCGUUCUGUCCAGUCUUGCAUCAGCAUUACUCUGGGUGGCCUGGCUGGGGUUUUAUCUUUAUGGCAGCCAGACGUUGAAGGGAAGAGGGAACAGAGAGAAGGGAGGAGGGAACAAAGAUGCAAAAGUGUUUGAUGAGCCUGCACUGGCUGUUGCCUUGGUUAUUCAAGGAUGGCUCCUGCUACUGUUCCACGCUAUCCCAGAGACUCACCUGUGUCUCCAGAAAACUUCACAAUCCGACACACAAGACUUCUUCGACACCAGUCACACGUCUCCUCCUCCACAUUAUGGAGAUGAGCUCCCUGCACAUUCUCACCGGUCCUUCCAAGAGAACCAGGCCUUUUCAAUGGAGGAGCACAGUGCAACUCUCCAAAGUGGAACAUACCACAGCAGCCAUGGAAGCAUGCGGCCUGGCAUCGCGUUCAGAGGGCAUGUCUACCAACCUACUGAGAUGGCUCUCGUGAUGAACGGUGGUACCAUGCCCACAGCCCCGGUUAACUACACUGGACGACGGUUAUGGUAAUGUGGGUCAAAUGCUGAAGAAGAUACACUCCAGUCACAUUUUUGAGGAAAGAAAUGCAGACAGUACAUAUCACAAAGAAGUGACUUCGUAAGAGAUUGCUAUGUUUACUGUGUUUGUGUUUUCUGCACACAUGUACGAAUUUAGCAUUUUAAAAACAGACUAAUGGUAUUUUGCCUACAUUUUCCUGAAGGCUUUUUUUUUUUUUUUUUUUUUU